AUGGAUAUCAACAGCGCUGCCUGGUUGACCCGCAAAAACGCCUUUCUUGAGGUGAAUGAUGCCCCAUUGGUCGCCCCGACCGCCCAUCAAAUCGUCAUCAAAAAUGGUGCAGUUGCUAUCAACCCAGUGGAGUGGUGCAAGCAACUGAUGGGCAACCUCAUGUUCAGCUGGAUUAAAUAUCCAUUCAUUCUCGGCAACGACUGCGCCGGUGAGAUCGUGCAGAUCGGUGACGCGGUCAGCCGCUUCAAGAUCGGUGAUCGCGUUUUGGCCCACGCGCUGGGAAUGGACCCAACUGUCAACAACUCCGCGGAGGGCGCGUUUCAGCGUUUCACCAUUAUCCGCGACAACAUGGCGUCUCUCAUUCCGGAAAGGAUGUCAUACGAAGAGGCCUGCGUCUUGCCUCUCGCAGUGUCUACUGCCGCUUGUGCUCUAUUCCAGCAGGACUACCUCGCCCUCGAAAAACCCAAUAUCGAUAACCUCGGGACCCUGACUGCGCCUCCAAAAUACCAGGAAUUUGUCUUGGUGUGGGGAGGAUCGACUAGUGUUGGCUGCAACGCCAUUCAGCUUGCCACGGCCGCCGGAUACAAAGUCAUCGCCACCUCCUCUCCUAAGAAUUUCAAGUACCUCCACGACCUAGGCGCGAAUAAGACCUUCGACUAUGCAAGUGAGACCGUGAUCCACGACAUUAUUGAAUCAAUCGGUACCAAGAGGGUUGCCGGUGCCAUAGCUAUCGGAAACGGAUCCACCGAGGCGUGCAUUCAGAUCCUGUCGAAAACGAACGGAUCGAAGUUCAUCGCUCAGAUCAGUUUCCCGUUCCCGGGGAAAAUCCCACAGACAAAGCUCGGAGUUUUGCGCGCCAUGGCUGCCAUUUUGUGGUCCAAUAUCACCAUCUUUUUCAAGUCGAAGCUCACCGGCACGAAGACCAAGUUUGUCUUCGGCAGCUCCUUGGCCAACAACGAGGUUGGCGCCAUGAUCUACCACGAUUUCCUUCCCCGCGCUUUGGAAGAGGAAAAAUAUGUGCCUGCUCCCAAGGCCGUUGUUUCAGGUCAGGGUCUGGCGCAAAUUCAGCCGGCAAUGAUGCGUCACAUGGAAGGUGUAUCUGCGAGCAAGAUUGUGGUUUCGCUUUGA